GUCAAGUUCAGUGAGAGUUAUCCGUCUUGAGUUGGAACUCUUCAAUUGGUUGGAUGAACUUCCGCCGAGUAUUGUCAACUUCCGUCGAAAAUAGCGCGCUGCUUCGAAGCUGUCAAAAUGGGGAAGCAAUACUGCUGUAUUUGUAGCAAUUUUAGGGGAAAGAGAGUCGGUGAAAGAAUAGUAUCUCUACACGUCAUUCCAGUAAGCAAGUCCCUACGACAAGCGUGGAUAAGGCGACUUCGGUUAGUGAGAAAAGACCUCACAGUGACCAAGCACGCGGAAAUAUGCUCAGAACAUUUCCUGGGUGGUAACGGUCCAGGCAAAGGGCAUGAUGUUCCAUCGAUUUUUCCGAAGAAAAAUUACAGUACUUGCACAGUGUCUGAUGCUGACUUUGCUGAUACCCCUAAGCCAAAUGAAAGCCCAUUCAAGCAGGCCUGUGACCCUGAAUCUCCCAAAGUGACUAUGCAGAUACAUGGAGGGACUCCUCAGUCUGAUGAAAUUGAACAUCAUUCCACAACAUUCAGUCAAGGUGCCAGAUCCUAUGACGUUGCAUCAAUUAUGCUGCAUGACUACUGUGAGGCUGUGUGUGAAGACGAUAUCAGUUGCAUAAGAUAUGGAUCAUCGCAAACAGAAAUGGUGGAAGUUAGAAGCAUGUCUACUCAAACUGACGAUGUAAUGUUCCAGUGUUUGAAUCCUGUGAAAACAUCCUGUGCAAUGACUCAGACUGAGACUGAAAAUAAAAAAGUCUUUCGCAAUCAAGCCACUCAAGUCAAGCUUCCUGAUUUAACAUUUUUUGAUGUGACGAAUGAUUCAGAAUUGGCAACUAUUAUACAGGUCUUGUGGAUGCAGAAAAGUUUUCAUGUUUAUUUGACGAGUUUUCUGAGGUUCAUGACAGGGACUAUCCAACAUCCAAUAUCGGACGCCCUAAAUCUUUGUCUUUGAUAGACGAGUUCUUUCUAGUGUUGAUGCGUCUUAGACUUGGACUCCUAGUUGUUGAUUUAUCAAAGCGAUUUCAUAUUUCCAGAAGCUGCUGUGCUGAUGUCAUUAAUAGAUGGAUUGAUAUUUUGUACAACAAUUUAUCCUUCCUAGUUGUCUGGCCAUCAAUGGAUACUAUUAAUACAACUAUGCCUCAAGGUUUUAAAGACCUGUAUCCAAAUACAAGGGUUGUUAUAGAUUGUACAGAAUUAUUUACAGAAAAACCUUACUCUAUUGGUAAACAGUCACAAAUGUACAGACAUUAUAAAAGUCACACAACAUUUAAAGCGCUUGUUGGUGUCACUCCAAAUGGUGUUGUUAGCUUUGUCUCUGACUUGUGGUCAGGAGCUAUAAGUGACCGGCAAAUAACAGUAGAAUCAGGACUUUUAGAUUUGUGUGAUGUAGGUGAUGCAAUCAUGGCGGAUAAGGGAUUUACAAUCUCAGACUUGACAACACCAAAAGGUAUACUCCUAAUAAUUCCACCAAAGAAACAUAAGAGAAAACAGCUGACUGCUGUAGAAAUUGAACAAACUAGGAGAAUAGCAAACUUGAGAAUCCAUGUUGAAAGGCACAUGGAACGUGUCAAGAAUUUCAGAAUUUUGCAGGGUAUAAUUCCAAUUACAAUUUCAAAAUCUGUAAAAUCUGUAAUGCUUUGACUACUCUGCUUCCCCCUCUUUAUCCUCAUGACCAAGAAAUUGAUGACAAUUACUUCUUUGAUAAAAGUUCCUUGCUUGCUCUGUAAUUAGUAGGAUUAGCAUAAUCUUAUUGCAGCUCCAGAUGUGAAUGGUCACAUGAUAUUUUCUGCUAUAUUUAAACUUAAUAAUCAUGGUAUCAUGAUAACAAUUUUGUAUUGAAAACAUUGAGCCAAAUAAGUCUAGACAAAUAAGUCUAUGUUUGUCCAAUAUGACUAUUGACAUGACCACCUACUGGUUGUCUAUUUUUGUUUUACUUAUUGAAUCAAAGCAUUGAUAUAUAAAAAUCCUGACUCUUCAUAUAAGUAGAUAAACAAUUUCAUGUUUUAGCUGUGACAGCAGGAUCAUAGUCCCAUGGUUCUAAUCAGGGGUCUGGAAAAUUUAAAAUCCCAAUCGGACAUUUGCAUUUAGGCCUAGAACUUCUAAUUUUUGUAACAAUAACUAAGACGUUACAGAAAAUAUGUUAUGAUAUGUUAUGGCUUAAUAGAAUGGUUCAAGAAAUUACAAGGCGAAGAAGAUAUCCUAUGUCUAAGUGACAUACUAUUUGAAUGGUCAGUCGCCGUGAAUGCGGCGUUAAGUAACAAUUCACCCACUGAAUGGUAAGUAUCUAUGACAUUCAAAGAAAGAUAUGAUAUGGUAUUGAGUGAAACAUUGAAUUGACUGAGUGAGC